AUGGACAUUUUGGCCCUACGAGAAUGCCCAAGCUUAACGAAUGUAGACGUAUCUUACAACUCUCUAUGCUUCCACGACAAAACUGGGGCACCUGGCAAGCCAGAGGCCCUUGAAAACACUGGAGUAGUUACGACACUUGCUCCUUUAGCAUUUCAGAAAAACGGCGACACCCAGCUCGAAGAACAGCACUACCAGGACGGAACCUAUGUGAAUCAACGGGCCCAAAGUGGCCACCAUGUGAUGGUGGAAAGUCGAAAGGAAGACGAGAACUCUUUAGACUUAGCGGUAUUGCCUACCGAUGCGCCAACGGCAGUGGGUGAAGAGUCAGUGACCGUAACGCCGCAUGCUCAAGGAAGCAGAGGAUUUGUGGAGUGCUUUAAGUCUCUGCCUGGCCUUGCUACUUUGUGCUUGAUGGGAAACCCAGUGACAAGACAAAUUUUUCAGUAUCGGCGGACACUGAUCGCAACGUUGCGGUACCUUGACGAUCGCCCCGUCAAAGAACAAGACCACGAAUCAGCACUUGCCUGGUUUAGAGGCGGCUGGGACGAGGAACAAAAGUAUCACAGGCACAGUGCGCAGCCGCCCGUAAAGUUCUGUUCCAGUCCCCCUUUGACACUGAUGGCAUCGGCGAACAUGAAAAAUAUGAUGAGGACACUAACAUGCGCACCUGAACAGGAAGCACACCGCCAGAAAAUCAACUUGGCACUAGAGAGGAUAUCCAAGGAAGCUGCACAACGACAUGACAUAGGCAUCUCUCAGAAACUGUUGGCGGCAACGGAGCAGUGCGAAGCAAUUACCAAAAAGUGGCUGAAAGACUCAGGAUGCGAGCAUGCCUGUAGUUUGAAUGAGGAGCAUACGGAGGAGGUAACAAGCGCCGAAUCGGCCUGGUUACCCCCGAAGCAAGUGCGUCAGCCGGGACUCGAACCCGGGUCGCAACCUUGGGAGGGUUGCAUCCUACCCCUGGACUACUAA